UGCUGAGUGUUGAUGAGCUUGGAACAUUUUUGUGAUGAAUUCCACUUUUCUGUAUCUCUCUAUUUUGUUGCUUGUUACUUUAUUUUAUUGGACGCAAAAGAGGCCUAAGAAUUUUCCACCAGGCCCUCAAUGGUUUCCGUGCGUUGGAAAUAGUGUUCAAUUGAGAAAAGCGGCGCAGAAGCUGAAAGGAGCUCACAAUGUUUACCAAAAGUGGUCGAAAGAACUCAACAGUCCUGACGUUAUUGGAUUUCGCUUAGGACAGAAAUAUUUCAUUGUCGCUAUCUCGCAAAAGGCUAUCAAAGAGGUUCAUACAAGAGCUGUCUUUGAGGGACGUCCAAGAAAUUUCUUCACCAGCCUAAGAACAUUCAAUACCUACGCAGGUAUUAUGAUUGCAGACGGAGAUCUUUGGCGGGAACAUCGCUAUUUCACCUUGAAGCGUCUCAAAUGUGUUGGAUUCAAUGACAAUCCAAUGCAGCAGAAGAUCGAGAUGGAGCUGCAAAAUUUCAAGCAACUCAUUGACAAACGGAUGCAGGAAAAUGGCUCGAUGUGGCCAGGCGACUUUCUCGUCGUUUUCGUCAUGAAUAUCCUCUGGACAUUUGCAGCAGGCAGUGAAUAUCCUAUUGAAAGUUCUAGGCAAUUAUUUCAACUUCUGAAUGAACGAACAAAGGCAUUUGAUUUCUCAGGAGGACUUUUAUCAGAUUUGCCUUGGCUGAGAUUUAUUGCUCCUGAAUUUACUGGAUACAAUUUGAUGGUUCGGUUUAAUAAGGAAAUUCGAUCAUUUCUCCAGAAAAUAAUCGAUGAUCAUCACAGGAACUACAGUGAAGAUAAGGCAAACGAUGAUCUCAUUUAUGCCUUUAUUUACGAGAUGAGAAAAGGGAUUUCGAGCUUCACAGACACUCAACUGAUGCUCAUAAUGUUAGAUCUCUUCCUUGGAGGAUCUCAUACAACAAGUGUGACUUUAGAUCUUGCAUUAAUGACAUUGGUACUUUACGAGGACAUUCAGAAGCAAAUCUAUGAAGAAGUGAAACAAGUUCCAGAGGUGUGCCUAAAGAUCAGUAAUCACCUACAGUUCCCUUUUACUGAAGCUUAUCUCUUGGAAAUCGCGAGAUUUUAUAGCAUUGUGCCACUCAGCGGCCCAAGACGAGUUCUCAAAGACUCGGACUUGUGUGGAUUCACCAUUCCGAAGGACACCACAGUUCUCAUUGGCCUGCAAUCUGUGCACAUGGACGAGAAAUUGUGGGGCGAUCCUGAAGUCUUCAGACCUUCGCGAUUCCUCGACGAGUCCGGAAAGAAGCUCUGCAACACUGAAAAUGUUAUGCAAUUCGGCGAAGGCAGAAGACUUUGCCUUGGAAUUUCCUUAGCCAAAGCCUUCCUCUUCAGCUUCUUCACAGGAAUUGUUCGUAAUUACAAAUUAUCCCAGAUUAAAGGUGGAAAAGCUCCGGACGAAACUUUAAUUCCAGGCAUCUUUAAAACAGUCAAGACAUACGAUAUAACCUUUACGAAACGUGUGUAAUGAGCUGGUUGCUUGUUCUGCAAACUGGGUUGAAGAGUAAACGUUUGUUUUUCGAAUAAAAACGCCAUGGAUUAU